UGAUAUUAGGAAUUUAAGAGAUUGUUGUGGAUUUUUGUACGGCACCUCGUACAAAGUCUCUAGGCACUUCACAUCUAGUUUAUGUUUAGGAUUAUUAAUUUCGGUAACUCGUUCUCCUGUACUUAGAAAAUAAAGGACGAAAUUUAAACAAAAAGACAUGUGGGACAGCAGAUUAAUAUCAAAACAAAACAAAACAUAUUUAUUGAAAUGAUAAUUAUUGUCUUUAUGCUUAUAUUCACACAAAAACUAAACUUAAAAGUACCGUGUUGAGCAUUUUAUAUCUUAAUAUGAUUUUGUAGGUUAAGACACGCGGUGAUGUCUGGACUUAUAUCAAUGAAAGUGUGAUUCCGCCAUUGAAGAGAACAAUACCAUAUGAAAUGUCAAGAAAGAUUCCAGAAAAUGAUUUUCUUCUAAUAGGAAAAUUUCGUCUGCGACAGAUAAGGGUUCAAAGAGACAGCUGUAACUUUCCAGAUAAGUUGAAGGAACUAUUUGGCUUUGACCAUCUUGGCAUGGAAUGUACGUCUUCAUUGAACUCAAUGAAUGAUGACAAUGACCAUUACAACAAGUCCUGGCAGAUUCAGUCAACACUGGUCUCAUCCACUGAUGAAUGGUCCUACCAAAAUGCUUGGGACUUAGAGUCCGUACCAUAUCUAGGCGAGCGGGCAAUAUAUGGUGGGGGUGGCUAUUUGGUUGACAUGAACGCAGGUCCUUCAGCUAUUUCAAAGAUUUCAGAGUUAAUGCUUAAGUCAUGGAUUGACACAAGAACAAGAGCUUUUUUCGUAGAAUUUGUAUUGUAUAAUCCUAAUGUUAACAUGUAUAGUUCAGUAAUGAUCGUUUUUGAGUAUAGCAGCCCGGGUACACUAACAAAAUCAUUUCAGAUAUAUACAACACCUUUAUCACACUACUCCACUAGUAAAGAAAUUAUGAGUUUGGUGUUUGAGAUUGUAUUUUUUCUGUUGACGAUUUUCCUGUCUUAUAUUGAGAUCAAAAAGAUAAGACUAGUCAGUUUGAAAACAUACUUUAAAAUGUUUUGGAACAAGCUUUCCAUGUUCAUGUUAAUAUUGUGCUAUACUUCAAUGGCGAUUUUUAUAGAGAGAUUCAGAGUGAUAACACAAAUACUCCGGCAGUACAGAAGUCAUGGAAGAGACAGUUACAUUAAUUUUAGUCUUGCAAUCCUAUGGGAUUGCAUAUUAUUUUACAUUUUGGCUUUGUUAACCGUAAUUACAAUGAUAAAACUACUGAAACUUUUAAUGCUGAAUCAGAAAUUGAAAUAUUUAUUUUCAAUGAUGGAAUAUGUGAACACACCCUUAAAAUAUUUCGCUUUUAUUUACAUUAUUUCUUUGUUAGCGUUUGCAUGUUGUGGACAUUUGUUGUUUGGCGCUUCAUUAGCUGGUUACAAAUCAUUCGGAGACAGUUUUAUGGUCCUUAUAGAAUGUACAUUCAGGAUAGUCAAUUUUAAUCAAUACCUUGAAUUUCAUCCUGACUUAGGUCCUGUUUUUAUACUUUUGUUCAUAUUUAUAUUUGUAUUUGGUUUAAUGAAUAUGUUUACUGUCAUUGUAAUGAAUGCGCAGAAAUCCUUAAGACAAAAUGGAGUAAGACAGGAUGACCAGUUAGGGUUAAUGAUAAAGUACUUAGUGGGUAACAUCAGAAGAAUGUUUCGAUAA